AUGCUACCGAUCCGUAGAAGCCUGAGAAGCCGCGGCAUAGAGGUGGAUCCUGGGUGCCCAUUCUGUGGUAUUGAUGAGGAGUCUUCACAUCACAUCCUCAUGCUUUGUCCAGCCGUGCAAGCAGCUUGGUUUGCUUCAUCCAUGUCUGUUCGUGUUGCUGUCUCUUCCUUGCAUGACUUGAUGAUUGCGGUGCUUGAAUCCGACGAUGAUAUCAUGAUUACCCAGCUGCAAACUUGGUUGUAUGUGCUGUGGGAAGCUCGAAAUGCAGCAGUGUUCCAUGCUAAACCGCUUGAUAUUGGCAACCUUUUGCAGCGUGUUGGAGCCCUUGUUGGUGUGCCCGUCUCCGUCCAGCAACCAUUGGGGAGGCCCGUAGCAGCGUUACCGUCGGUGUGGAAGCGACCAAGGCAAGGUGCAACCAAGAUAAAUGUGGAUGCCACAAUGCAGGAGGGAGGAGCAGCUUUCUUUGCGUUAGUUGCCCGUAAUUUCAGGGGUGAAGUUUUGGCUGCAACAACUUCAGACUUGGUGCCUUGCUUAUCACCAAAAUUAGCAGAAACUCAAGCACUUCAGUGGGCCAUGAUUAUGGCGAGUGAACUUGGCUUCCGGACAGUUUGCUUUGAGACAGAUUGCCUUCAGCUUUAUAAUGGAUGGAAGAACUUGGACCAUGGUGUUUCUUAUUUUUCUACUGUUUUAGCGAAUUAUCGCACUUUAGUUUGGCAUUUUAAUUCGGUUUCUAUUUACUUUGUCCGUCGUACUGGUAAUAAGGUUGCGGAUAACCUGGCCAGGCAUGCUUCUUCUUUUCCAGGGUCUGUAUGGAUUGAGGAAGUGCCCCCAGAGUUAGUUUCGCUUGUGUUAGCUGAUGUAUUGGCGUCUAUACCACCUAUCGUUUAA